AUGCGUACCACAGGCACGAUCAAGUCCGACCAUGGCAUCAACUGGUACUACGAGCAAGAAGGGUCAGGGCCAGAUCUCGUCCUUAUCCCAGAUGGCCUAGGAGACUGCACAAUGUUCGACAAGCCAAUGUCGUUGCUUGCUGCCGAAGGGUUCAAAGUGACGACCUUUGACAUGCCAGGGCUGUCGAGAUCCCGCGAAGCUCCUCCAGAGACGUACCAGAACAUAACAGCUCAGAAGCUGGCAUCAUAUGUCAUUGCUAUCAUGGAUGCAUUGAACAUUGACGUCGCCACCAUCUGGGGCUGCAGUUCAGGCGGCUCGACAGUGCUGGCUCUGGUUGCCGACUAUCCAACUCGGAUCCGCAAUGCACUUGCGCAUGAAGUGCCAACCUAUGCGAUACCACCGCUGCUGGCUUUGCUUGAUCUCCCGGACGAAGAACUCAGCAACGCCAUGGCAACCAACAUGCCCAAAACCUACUUCGGCGACAAUUCUGCUGCAUGGGAAGGCUUGGGCGAAGAGGCUCUCAACCGCAUCUGGCAUAACUUUUCAAGGUGGGCACGAGGCUACAUCCGCUCGCUUGGAUGUUCGUUUCCCGUCGACAAGGAGAAGCUGAAGGGGAAGCCGUUGGAUUGGUCAAUUGGCGCUUCGACACCCACCGCUGGGUUCUUUGACAAUAUCGUCACUGCUGUGGAGCUGGAAAUCCCGAUCUCGGUCAUACCUGGUAUGCACUUCCCGUAUGUUUCGGACCCGGAGGACAUGACGAAGUAUGUGGUUGAGAAGACGAGGAAGUAUCUCUAA